ACGCCAUUCUCCUGCCUCAGCCUCCCAAGCAGCUGGGACUACAGGCGCCCGCUACCACGCUCGGCUAAUUUUUUUGUAUUUUUAGUACAGACGGGUUUUCACCGUGUUAGCCAGGAUGGUCUCGAUCUCCUGACCUCGUGAUCCGCCCACCUCAGCCUCCUAAAGUGCUGGGAUUACAGGUGUGAGCCACCGCGCCCGGCCAAUACUCAGUAUUUAUGUAACAAUAAAUACAAUUACUUUCAUUUCUUGCACAAGAUUUUGUUUUCCCUAGAAUUAAUAGCUGCAUAAUUCUUACAGCCGCUUAGUUUUCUGUGUACCUGUCAUGAGUUAAACUCCAAACUCUCGGUCAAAUCUCCUCUUGAGGAUUCAACGCCAGCUGGAAUUUUGUCAAUUCCAUCCUUCUGAAGCAGUCUCCCAAAGAUUUCUGACCGAAUCUAAUCUGGAUGCGUUGCUGUCUAUGCCUAUACACAGCUAUUGUUUCCGGAGCUCUUUCAGUAUCAUCUUGGGAUCUUACUAUUUUCUGUGUUUGUUAUUUAUUGUAUUUCCUGCAUUUCAUAAUUUCCUCCUUCUUGGCUUAUUCCCUCAUUUUGGUGGAUCAGACCUACAGGAUCUUCCUGGAGGUACUGAGAAAGCCGCCAGGCGCGUGCGCAGUGUACACUGCGUGCGCAUACGCGAGCCCGUUGCGCCUGCGCGCGGUGCCGCCGUCGCCCCUCUUUUCGCGGCGCUCUCCACCUGCGCGGGCCUGAAUGGCCUUCAGGAGCGCAGUCGGCCUGAGGAGUUGAUGGUUACCGCCGUGAGCCCAAGUAACUCGCCCUCCUUCGGCCAGAAACCCUCCGCCUGGGCCCGCGCGAGAGGAGCGCGGCCUCUGAGGGGAGCGGCGACCCCGCCAGCCCCAGUCUCUUUCCGUGGCGGCGGCGGCUUCUUCCGUGGGACAAUAUGUUCAAGAGAAUGGCCGAAUUUGGGCCUGACUCCGGCGGGAGAGUAAAGGGUGUUACUAUCGUUAAACCAAUAGUUUACGGUAAUGUUGCUCGGUAUUUUGGAAAGAAAAGAGAAGAAGAUGGGCACACUCAUCAGUGGACAGUAUAUGUGAAACCAUAUAGAAAUGAGGAUAUGUCAGCAUAUGUGAAGAAAAUCCAGUUUAAAUUACAUGAAAGCUAUGGCAAUCCUUUAAGAGUUGUUACUAAACCUCCAUAUGAAAUUACUGAAACAGGAUGGGGUGAAUUCGAAAUAAUCAUCAAAAUAUUUUUCAUUGACCCUAAUGAAAGACCUGUAACCCUGUAUCAUUUGCUAAAGCUGUUUCAAUCAGACACCAAUGCAAUGCUGGGGAAAAAGACAGUGGUUUCAGAGUUCUAUGAUGAAAUGAUAUUUCAAGACCCAACAGCAAUGAUGCAACAACUAUUGACAACAUCUCGUCAGCUAACAUUAGGAGCCUAUAAGCAUGAAACAGAAUUUGCAGAGCUUGAAGUGAAAACCAGAGAAAAAUUAGAAGCUGCUAAGAAAAAAACAAGCUUUGAGAUUGCAGAGCUUAAGGAGAGAUUAAAAGCAAGUCGUGAAACUAUAAAUUGUUUAAAAAAUGAAAUCAGAAAACUUGAAGAAGAUGACCAAGCAAAAGACAUAUAAACAGUUCUCAUGAGAACUUGGGUAGUAAGCUAAACUGAAAAUAAGGUGGGCUUCACUGGAGAAAUGGACUUACUGCAAAUGCUGUGGUGUUUCUUAGAGGAACUUCAUAUACAGCUGUUGACCAUGAAUUUCUUAGCAAUAGGAAUUUGUACUAUUUAAGCAAUCUUUAAUGGAAAAUAUGUGUGUAAGAAUGGAUGCUAUAUAGGUAUUUUACCAACCCAUUUUAAGAAAAUUCUAUGAUAUUAAGCACAGUUUUUAAAAAUGUUUAUUGUAGUAUAUGUAUAGCUUAUUACCCUUUUGACAGGCAUCAAAAUUUCAUUAUAAAGUAUUACUUGUACAAAUUUUGUACUUCUUUAGUGGCUAGAAUUAGUGAAGAAACUUAAUGUGUAUAUUUAAUUUCUUCAAGUUCUUACCUGCCCCCAUCCUUUUUUGUAUAUGAUGUGUCCAGUAAGUAUUCAAUAAAUGUAGUUUACAGAUCCUA